AUGCGAAAGCAGCGCAUUUAUUUAACAUCCAAGCCCAGCCCAAAGCCCUGCCCAUGAGGGAAUCAAUGUUUUUUAAAGAUAGAUUUGAUAGAAAGUGAACAUUUAAAUCUUUUCAAAAUUCAAAUCCAUUAAGAGCCAGAGAGAUAGGUACGCCAUUGCCAGCGAGGGCAGGUUAAAACAAGGUAAUCUUGACUACACAUGACAUAGACUGGUCUCUCCUGAGCAGCGGCGAUGGCGCUGCGCUGCCUGCUGCUGCGCCCGUCCUGCCACCUGUCGGCGGCGGCGCGAGUCGCGGCUGUUGGCGCCGGCGGUGACCGGCCGGUGGCGCGCCAUUUCUCCGUGUCGGCGCGACGGGACGGCGUCGCCGAGGUGCUGCAGAGCGUCGCCUCCUCACGGCCCGUGCUAGCCGUCCAGGAGGGCAUCGUCAGCCUGCAUGACGUCAGCGGCCUGCCCUGGUGGGCCACCGUGCUGGUGACGACGGUGGCGGCGCGCGGCCUGGUCACCCUACCGCUUGGGCUCUACCAGAGUUACAUCCUGGCCAAGUUUGAGAACCUGCGGCCGGAGAUGGAUGCCGUAGUUGUGGAAAUCAAAAAAGAGAUGUCUGUCGCUGUUCGGAAGUACCAGUGGGAUCAGAAGCGUGCCAAACGCGUCUUCAACAAGGCCGUGAAGAAGCAGAUGUCUGAGCUGAUCGCCCAGCACAACUGCCACCCGCUGAAGGCGGGCCUGGUGCUCUGGUUCCAGUUCCCCUUCUGGAUCGGCCUCUCCAUGGCACUGAGGAACCUGUCCUGGGCACUGCCCGCCAGGGACGCCGCGGCUCAGCUGGUCCGUCUUCAGCUGGCUGUGGGCGGUGUGUUGUGGUUCCCGAAUCUGGCCAUGCCGGACCCCACACUCGCACUGCCGGUGCUCUUCGCCGUCUGUAACCUGUGUGCCAUCGAGGUGGGUGUGCUCAGUCGGGUCCAGCGGGGCACGCGGCUACAGCGCUGGAUGACCAACUUGGCGCGCGGCGUGACCGUCAUUGUGGUACCUGUGGCCGCCCAGCUGCCCUCGGCGGUCGUGUUCUACUGGACCAUCUCGUCGUUCUGCGGGCUGCUCUCCAACCUGGCCCUCAUGUCGCCCUCACUGCGGCGGGCGGCCGGCGUGCCGCUCUCACCCAGUCAGCAGCAGCACCCCUACCGGCAGCUGUACGAAAACACGCUGCGCAGAAUCGGCAGAAGAUGACGCUAGUGUCGCUGUAGUUGUGAGGGUAAGACUGAGGCGUGAUAAAUGAUAUAUGCAGUGUGGUGUGUGGGAUGAAUGGGCAUCUUUUUUGUGUGUUUGACAAAUAUAAAUGUGUAUUUAUGCAAACAA